AUGGGUAUCUUCUCAUUGAUGACAGGAAUAGCAGAGCCAAGUUGGUUUGGAUUAGCCUCACCUACUGAACAAGUUACCCAAGGGAUUGGUGCUACCAUCCUCACCGCCAUUGUUACCAGAGAAGCAAGUGGGAUUGGGUUAGAGACAGCAAGAGUGUUAGCUCUGAGGAAUGUCCACGUCAUCAUUGCAGCGAGGAACAUGGAAGCUGCUAAUGAAGCCAAACACCUCAUCCUUAAAGACUACGAAACCGCUUGUGUGGAUGUCCUAAAACUUGACCUCUUCUCAAUCAACUCAAUUAAAGCCUUCGUUAAUCACUUCAACUCUCUCAAUCUUCCCCUCAACAUCUUAAUAAACAAUGCUUGUGUUAUGUUUUGCCCAUACCAGCUAUCUGAAGAUGGAAUUGAGAUGCAAUUUGCAACAAAUCAUCUUGGUAUGUACUACUCUCACUAG